UGAUGGAGAGGACAGAGGGAACCCCAUGGUGGCAGGUUAUCAGGAUGAGCUGGACCCAGAUGACAAGGAGCUCCCGCUGCCCCUGCCCAACACCCUGGGCCUUCUCACCAGUAAAGACUUCACUAUGUCUAGUGAUGAGGAGGAGGUGGAAGCACAGCCCCCACCAAUAUCACCACCAGUACAUGCUGUCACUCAGGAUGACCACCUCGACCUUGACAGUGAUUCAGAGCUGAAAAAACCGGGCACUGAGUCCAUAAUGCCCCGUGCCAUGGAGCCCCACGCUCCGGAGCCUUUGGCACCUGCUGGCCAACUCUUGGAGAACACUGUCCCCCAGGUGGCUGAGCCCAUCACCCUCACCCUAACCUCUGCACCUGCAGUAGCCCUGGAGCAGCCAGGCCUACCCAGAGGGACAAAGGGAGGAACCCCUGGGGUGGACUCGGACUCUGACCCAGGGGCCACUGUUGCUGAGCAGAUGCUCUCCUUUGUGAUGGAUGAUCUUGACUUUGAGUCUGAGGAGGAGGCAGUCAUCCAGAAGAUAACUAAGGUAGCUAGGUCAAAAGGAUGUUAUUUAGGGUUGUAGGUU